CAAACUUGAUUGCUGUCAUUCUCAAAUAAGUUUGGGGAAAGAAGUUUAAAAUUACAAAAUUACUUGUUUGGCUCAGCUAUAAAAUUCCUUUGCAAUGUCAGGACAAUAUCCAGGCGGCUAUAAUAACCCGGUAGGUGGCCACCGAAGCAAUUUCGGUAGUCCAAUGGUCAAUAUGAAUCAAAUGGUCCCCAAUCAAAUGGCUAUGAUGGGCGGCUAUAAUCAAGCUGGUAUGAUGCAGCCGUCUCAGCAACAACCCAAUGCGAUGCAAAAUCCCGGCAUAGGCGGUAUAAUUCCACCAGUUAUGAAUACUGCAGGCAUUCCAAGUCCAUCCCAUGCACAGCAAACUGGCAAUUCGUUAGUUCAACAACAGUUACACCAGCAGCAAAUACAGCAGCAACAAAUGCAACAGCAACAAUUGCCUCAAUCCCAGCAACAAUCGCAGCCCCAGCCCCCAAAUCCACAGCAAGCUCCACAACUAAGUUUGCAAACUCCGUCGACACCAACAACGGGCUCAGUUAUGUUAACCCAGCCGUCUGCACAAACACAACCCCAAGUUAGUAAUAUGCAGCCACCGAAGGAAAUUAACAUUGUUGGGCUUUCGCGUUUGGGACAAGAAACAGUUCAAGACAUAACUUCACGCUUUCAAGAGAUCUUUGCAGCUCUCAAAAUUAUACAACCUACAUGUAACCGAGAAAACAACACAGAGAAAAAAGUUCAGGAGUACUUUAGGACCAUUCGAUUGUUAUUCAAACGCGUUCGGAUUAUUUAUGAAAAAUGCAAUGAUGGAUAUCCUCAGGGAAUGGAGUAUACACACAUUGAAAGCCUGAUUCCUUACAAAGAUGAACCAGACCAUCGUUCCGAACCCACUCACUGUGAAGAAUACCGAAAGGCGAUACAGGAAAAUCGGGAACUUAUCGAAACUGUUAUGCUAAAAAAUAAACAACUCCGUGAAAUAAUCGAUCGAACUCGGAUCAUUAUAUGGGAGAUCAACACUAUGCUCAGUAUGAGGAGAUCGUAGAUUUAAAUUCAAAUUAAUUAUUUGGUAUAUAAAUACGAACCCGAUUCUAAAAAAAAGUUCUAAUAUCAUUUCUCAAACAAAACUUGUGGAAGUAUUGUUUUCCGUCGACUUUUUUGGUCACUCAAAUUUCCUAAUGAAACAAUUAAGUUACAUUAACUUUCCCAACGUUUCGGCAGGGGCUGCUGCCUUCUUCAGGGGAAUCAAGAAAAAUAGGAAAACAAUUUAGUUUUAGUUAUAUUAAUUAAUACUGUUAAGUCAAUUGACUUAACUUAAUUUGUAGAAGUGCUAAUUAUAUUCAUAGUUUUAUUUUUAAUUUAUAUUAAUUAAUAUAACUAAUAUCAAACAAAUUGUUUUCCUAUUUUUCUUGACUCCCCUGAAGAAGGCAGCAACCCCUGCCGAAACGUUGGGAAAGUUAAUGUAACUUAAUUAUUUCAUUGCGAAAAUUACAGUGACAAAAAAAGCCGACGGAAAACUAUACUUCCACUAACCACAAUUAUUACACAAAUUGGUCAACAAAUAAACUAAAAUAACUCUA